GAGCCGCUCCCGCCACUACAAGGUGGCGCCGGUCUCCUGCUUCCUGGUUCUUCUUGCCAGCAUUGCUUUGGCGGGAGCGGUUCCCGCCAAAGGCUUUGCGAUCUGCGCAUGUGCCACCUUAUGCUAAUGUAGGCUUAUGUGGUCCUCCAAUUAGGGAUCAUAUGCUAAUCAGGUUUUGUGUGGAGCACCAAUCACAGACGAACACGUCGCCUUGACUGGCUAUUUAAGCAGAGCACAACCCGGGGUCUGGGUCCUUCCUUCACCAUCUGCUAAAAGAGCUGUAACAAUAAAGUUGUUGCUGGACCCUCCUCGGUUGCCGCGUCAUCCUUAUCGGCGAAGGCUGCGCGCGACAAGUGGUGCCGAAACCCGGGAAGCCGCCGAACCCGGGUAGAGGGACAGCUUUGAGGACCCCGACUGCUCGUCGGAAAGAGGAUCCAAGCCAGUGACCUGAGAAACUCCGGAGACUUUUCAGCAAGGACCAAGAAAAUCCGAUUUGGGUUCCAGCGCGGCUGACCAGAGUGGUCAAGCAAGAUGAGCCUGAUCUUAACCCUGAUCCUGAUCUUGAGCGGAGUGCAGAUGGACCUGAAGGUGGAGACCCAGGAGAUCCGCUGGGGGAUCCUAUCAACAUUCCCACGACCAAUGCCAGUCAUGUAUGAUGCACAAGUCUUCCCCCGUUUCUUUACCACCAAUGACUCCAUUGGGCUACCAUAUUUGCCAAUGUCUCAGGACAUAGCCCCUAUACCAGACAACAACACCCAGCCAAAUAACGGCAGUCUUUGUUUUACAACCAACCAGACUCAUGCUGACUCAUGUAUAAAGCUAGGAAAUUUUUCUUAUGCCAAGUUAGGAAAAGAGACCAUCAGGAAUCGUACAUCUUCAGCUAAUGCUACGGUCCUUUUUGGAUGGUGGCCACAGCACGGUUCAUCUUAUGGGAGCAAUGAACGAAAGCACCAACCUCAGUACGCCCCCUUCUGCACUGGCCGGCAUGCGGACUCUUCAAUUAUUUUCCCAUGGACGGGCUGUCAGAGUCGCAGAGCGCAUCUGCUCGAAAAUGGACUCUUUACCUUUUCACCCUUGGAAGGGUAUGGAAAUUACACCGAAAUGAGUCCCUGGAAUUACCCCACCAAUCCCUUUAAUAUUUGGCUGCUGUGUGGUGUUGGUGGCAGUUGCACAGAUCUCUCACCCAUGGUCACCAUUUUGGGUGGAGCGACAGCUACUACCACUCUGCUUGCAAAUGUCAGACCUGGAUCCAUAUCCGCGACGGAAUUAGGAGGACUAAAGUCGGUGGAGCCCACCCCAGUUUGUGUUUGGCCUCCAUUUGUUUGGACAGUUUGUAAUUAUGCUGGAUGUUUUUAUGCUCUGUGUUGGAAUGCUAGUGAGUAUGACUUGGCUACUGUAGCCCGCAUGCCCCGUUUUCUGCCUAUUCCAGUGAGGACUAGUAGUUCUUUGGCCCUAUUUCGUCAAAAGCGUGAUUUUGGUAUCACCGCAGCAAUAGUGGCUAUUAUAGCCACUGCGGCGGUCGGAGCCUCCCUGACUAUAUCAGCCUUAGCAUUAAAUGGCCAGGUUGCCACGGCUCAUACCCUCAAUAAUUUGUCAGCAUCAGUUAGUGAAGCGAUAGAUAUACAGGCUUCCAUGAACAAUCAGUUAAAAGGAGGAUUAAUGAUAGUUAAUCAACGUAUUGAUUUGGUUCAAGAACAGCUAGAGAUUUUGUGGCAGCUGGCUCAGUUGGGAUGCGAAACUACAUUACCAGGAAUUUGUGUAACUUCUGUUCCAUAUAACAGGUUUACUAGGGCUGCAAAUUUAUCCAUAGAAUUGUCUCGUUUGCUGCAAUCUAAUUGGUCCGCCGAAUUUGAUGAGACAAUAAGAAAAUUACGCCUAGCAAUUGUUCAAAUUAAUUCCACUCGCCUAGACGUUUCCAUUACUCAAGGAUUGUUUAAUUGGGUGUCCUCCGCCCUCUCCUAUUUUAAGGAGUGGGUUGGAGUGGGAAUGUUUGGAGUAACCCUGUUUGCAGGACUGCUCCUCUGUUUUUGGUUGCUCUGCAGAUUCAAGAGACAACAACAUCUUAAAAAUGUGGCCAUGGUGCAGGCUAUGCUGGCUGUGGAACAGGGGGCAUCCCCCCAAGUUUGGCUUAACUUGCUCAACCGUUGAGACUCUGUCUAGAACUUAUGGCACCCCUGAAGGGCACAGGUUCCCAUUGCACCGGGAUGCUGUUCUGGACAGACCUCUGCACUCCCCAGGGCUCGGGUUCCCAUUGCACGGGGCUAAGGGUGCAGAGGGUCUCCUACACUGUGUAAACUCCUUGAUCGCUGAUGCUGUUGGCUCAGCAGGCUGAUCGGUGACCUCAUGGUGUGUUAAUUUUUCUGGUUGAAAUGGCCUUUAAUUAAUAAAAAAGGGGGAGAUGUCGGGAGCCGCUCCCGCCACUACAAGGUGG